AUGAAUAUUCAAGAUAAUUUAAUACUUCUAAACCAUGAAUUACACAUUUCCAAUAAUAAGCUCUAACUUCGAGUUGAAGUACUCUCACAACAAAACAAUUUAUUAAAAAAGAAACUUGUAGAGUAGCACAACAUUACCAAUCAAAUUCAAUCCUUACAAAAUGAAAACAAUCAACUCAAAUAGGACAUCUUGGCACUCCAAGAAACACUAUUCAAUUUAUAGACAGAGAAAAAUAAUGAAAUUGAACAAUCCUACUCUUCUAUGCUUCAAACCUUGUCAAAGGAAAAUGAAAAGGAACUCGCUUACUUAAAACAAGAAUACAAGGAUCACAUUUAUAAAUUACAGUAAGAAAAAAACUAAUUGUUUGAAUAAGCAGUUUCUAUGGGCAUUUAAAAUUAAACAGCAAAGAAUUUAGAGUUGUAAACUACUAAAAUCAUCUAAAUCGCUUAAAAAUUAGAGAAAAUAUUAUGCGAAUCGCCUUAGAAUUAAGAAAGUAAAAAAGAGAAAGUUAAUUCUGCUAGAGAAAUUUACGAUAAUUUGAUUAAUUAAUUAAAUACAGACUUAAAUAAAAAUUAGAAGGACUAUGAAAAAUGUGACAAAUUUUAUCAUACUCCGACUGUAGCUAAGAAUCCCAAUUCAACCAAAUAAAAAGAUAGACCAAUCAAUUUUACUAAAUUGUUAUCUCUGACUCGAACUAAUGAGUCCCCUAGAAGUUAAGCUUAUUUAAAUCCCAUUUCAUUAUAAACUGGAAACAAAAAGUGUUGA